CCGUUAAAUGUAUGUUACAGAUACGUCUGAUGACCAGAUAAAACUUUAUAUUCACACCUCUGACAAAUUAGUGUAAAAAGACUGUAUAGAAUAUUGUUAAAAACCUUUUAGAAAUUAUUUACGAGUAGAGAUGGGAUCUAUGGACACGGAAGAUAGUUCGGCCGAAACGGAGAGUUCUGGAUCGGGAAGGAUGGCAGAGCGAAUACGACCAGAGAAGACACCUCGACAAAGAGUUCAGAAAAUAUGGCGUAAUGUGCGAUGGGCUCAGUCUUUUCCAGAAGAAACAUUGGCAAUGGAGUCAACUGAAAUAACACCAAACUUUGCCUUGAGAAAAAUUGCUCUGUUGUUUGAAACGAAAAAAUACGAUGAAUGUGCUACCCUUAUUAGAAGAAUGAAUUCUGUGACUUUGGGAAAUAUUCUGGCGGAAGUGCCACUCGAAGUUUUGUAUGAUUCAAUGCCACACAGCUUGUCCAUUCUUGAAGCUCUAUACGUAAAGCUUUUUGAUAAAAUAGACGAAGAAUUUCCUAAAGAACAUAUUAGGACGGAUCUUUUGAUUAAAAGGAUGGUUACAUGUUUUGCUAUUUUAGCAAAGUCGACAGAAAAAAACUCCAACGUUUAUUAUCCAUUCUGCCGGAAUAUUCUCCGAGUGGUGUCAUCUGUGGAACCCGGAUUACGACAACAAUUGAGACAGAAGAAAAAGGCUUUGGACAAAUGUCUAAAACAUUUGGGACAGCAUGGACUUGUUGACAGUUCUGGUGGUUCGCUUAUGAAUUUACACGAUUCUCUUAAACUUGAAAUUGAAAAAGUUGAAAAUCAGUACAAAACUGCCUUGCAAAAGUUAGACGAACUAAGCUUGUCAGCAAAACAUCCGAUGUCAAGUUCUAUAACAUUUGGUAAAGCACCAACUCUGGUCAGUCAUCAAAGAUUGAUGCAACUGAGCAGAGAUGAAGUUGAAAGUCGUCUAAUAAAAAACAGAACUGUAUACAACAUCAUCGAACCUGCAAUUACAAACCAGUAUUUAAAAAAACUCAUUCACAUAUUGGAGAAACGGAUUGAAUACGAUAAAAUAUCGAUGUUUCAUGAAAAUGAACUAAGGAAAUCGUGUGAAAACCUUCCAGAAGACGCAUUUAUGUCUACGACGCUCCAGCAUUUCUCUCAAGGGUACGCAGUAAUCAUUCGACUUUUGAAGGAAGUAGCCGAGGAGGAAGAAGCACCAACAGAGGAUGAAGCGCCAUCUAGUGAUGAGGAUAUUGUUUCUCCUGUUACGCAUAUGGACAGAAUGAAAACAAUUUCAAAUUUUAAUGGGCUUUUUACUCUUAAAACAAAUGGCGGCAGUACGGGUAGAGGAUUUUUACGAACAGACAAAAAAGGUCUUCGUCCUUCUAUCAUAUCAGGACCGUUUCCGUUCAAUUCCAAAUCAUUAAAUGGUACUACAAACGGAUAUUCACGACCAGUUAGACACAGUUUCUCACAUGUAAACGGUCAUAGUUUGACAAAUGGACACUCUCAUCAUCAUGACAACAAAAUGGAAAAUCUCGAAAAAGAAGUGGAGAAUCUAAAAUUGGAACUUGAAACAAGUAGACAGGAAAUAAAAAGAUUACAAGAACACGAGCAAGAAUUAACGGAUAGACUGGCAGAUCAAGUGCAGACUCAAUUUACAACAAAUAACCAACAUUUUGAGGAUUUAAAUCUCGGAGAAAAUCGACCUACUGAAUUAGUCAGACAAUAUGGUAAUUUGUAUAGUGAUGCACGAAUGGACGCAAUUGAUGCUCUGGACAGUAUCGAGGAACUAGGAGAGUUAUCUUUACUGAAAGAGAAAAUAUUAUUUUCUGUCGUUGUGCUUUCAUUUCGUGACACUCAACAAAUGCUUCAUGAAAUUAAAGGAAAACUACGCCAUGUUUUAAAUCUUCCUCAUCCCGAUGCUAGUCAGAACACUGUUGAUGAUAUCACGCAGAAAAUGGAAUCACAACUCAACCUCUACCUCCAGCAUACGUCACAUCGAUAUGAUCUUACUGUUGUCACACAGGACGUCUGCAGACAGAUUUAUGCCACACUGUUUGACUACCCAUGUCUCAAAGACUGUAUUGGAUUACAUAAAUAUAUUACUGCUAGUGUUCGAGUCGCAUGGGGACUAACAGUUCAAAGUCCGCCAUAUGUAAUUCAGUAUGACUCUCGCAAGUUCAAUCCGGAUAUACACACCAGGUUUCACUCGUCAAAUUCUAAUUCCGAUGGAAUUCAAACUUUCAUUUGGCCUGGAUUAACAGAAGGUUACGGUGGACACUGUGUCUGCAAAGGAGUUGUGAUAACGUAGCACAAAAUAGCAUUUUGUUCAAUGGUUUUCAAAGGAGGUUACAGAAUGAUGAUACCAUAUAUAUGUAUAUGUAUGUCAACCCGGAAUUUGGAUUAGUUUAUUUGGUAAUUAAGGGCUGGCAGAAAUAUCACUGAGUAAUACUGUUUGUUUUACGAGAUGAACGUAUCAGCAGUUUCCUGAUUUCGCCUUCUAUGUGAUUUGACUAGGGAGUAAAGCAUUUCUGUGAUACACUGUAUUUACAAUAUGCAUUUAUAUACAUAUUUAAAUGUUUCGUCAUAAUCAUUUCAUCCAGUUUAACUAUUUCAUUCAACUGAAUAAAUAUUUUGCGAAAAUAAAACAGUUACCCGUAUACAAUUGAAAUUUGUCAAUGUGCAAA